AUGCCCCAGGAGAAGUUCAAAAACUUGGACCUCGACGACACUGACCAUGUCGCUCUCCAUGUAGAAAACACCUUUGGGUGGGUACAAUGCCAGUUGACGCAGCGGAAUUGCAGCGCCGGGCAGGACGAGGAGACACUAGUGAAUCUCGACACAGUCAGCCCUAACGUAUUCGACAACAAGUACUACAGCAGCCUCUUGUGUGGUUGUGCCCCUCUUCCUUUGACCAGGUAA